AUGGAGAACUUCCCGGAUAUCCAGAUCCGUGCCUUCGAGUCCUUGUACUUCUGCACGUUGGGCGCGUGCGCGCCGGAGCUGUGGUCGGACCUGGAGAUCCUGCCGCGCAUGGUGCGGGCCGCCGGGGCCGCGCAGAACGCCGCGGAGGCCGAGGCCGGCGAGGAGCUGCGGCGCCACGCGGACGCGCUCUGGGAGAUCGCGCUGCGGACGCUGCACCACUGCCUCCAAUACGAGGUCUUAGUGCAGCAGAUGCGGAUCCCUGACCUGGACCGAUACCUCAUGGAGCUGCUGGUGGACGGCCGGAAGCCCCCGGAGCUGUCGAAGGUGGCCGCUGAUCUGAUCGCCGGGCUGCUGCAGUCCUCCAUCUCUGUGAACCUUUGGACCCGGUGGCGUGGCCUCGGCGUGGGCGAGCGCCUCGUGGGCUGGUUCAAGGUGCAUCGCAAGAAGUUGGAGCCCGAGGACCCCCAGCGGGCGGUCCAGCCCUCCGACAGCCUGGAUGCCAUGCUCCACAUGGUGCUGUUCGCGGUGGAGGUGGACGUGUCCAUGGUGGUGGCGCUGGUGGCGGAGGACGUGCUCGGCUGCAUCGCGCAGCGGCUCCAGGAGCUCUCGGAGAGCUACGAGCGCUGGAACGCGCUGCAGGGGGGCCACCUGCUGACGGAGGACCUGGAGGCAGAGCGCGCCCACAUGGCCCCGCACGAGCUGCUUCCAGGAGAAUCGGCACAGGGGAAAAGAAGGAGAAAGAAUGGGAAAAGAAGGGGACACAUGCAUACUCUGCGCACGAUGAUCACCAACGUCAUGUAUACAUCUGCCUUCCUUCAGAUUCACCCCCGGUGGGAGUGA